AUGCCGGCCGGCACCGAGAACCUGCUGGCUAAGUAUCUCGAUCAGCAGGCGCGGCCGCGGGCGUUGGCCGACCUGCUGACCGACGGGGUCGAAGUCCGUCUUGACGCGGGCGAGGCGAACGGGCGACUGUUCGCGUUGAUGAUCAGCGUUGGCUUUGACGCGGACGUCGUGCACCGAGUGCACAACAGCCGCCGCGGCAACAUCACCCACUUGGCCUACGCCAAACCCUUUAUCGACGCCCUGCGUAUCUACAAGUACCCCAGCCUGCGGACCGCUUGGCGGGGCCCCGAUGCGGACACUGCCGGGGCCACGGCCGGGCGGUGGCUGUUCGGCAUGAACCUGCCGCGUUACGCUCAGGGGCUGCCGAUCGCCCCGGAAGCCUCGGGGAUCGACGGGCUGAUCGACCUGUGCGUGUUCAAGCGUGGCUACGCGUCUUCGGCGGUGUGGUACCUGUGGCAUCUGCUCCGCCGCCGGCACCAUCAGCUGCCAAGCGUGUCCAUCACGCGGUGCCGCGAGUUCACCGUCGAAGCGGACGACCAAGUCCCGUACCAACUCGACGGUGACCCGGGGGGGUUCCUCCCCGUAACGGUCCGAUCGGCGCCGCAACGGCUAACCUGCAUCGUCCGCCCCGAGCAGGCGGUCGACACGCUGCCGAUCAACCUCGUGUUCAAGGCCUCGUUUGACAAGGCCAACCGCACCAGCCUCGACGCCUACCGCGGCCCGGGGAUCGACGAGGGUCUGCGGAUCCUUCAGCAGGUCGGCUCGCAGACCGGCUUGCCGACCACGACCGACUUCCACGAGUCGACUCAGGCCGCCUCGGUCGGUCAGGUGUGCGACCUGCUGCAGGUGCCGGCGUUCCUCGCGCGGCAGACCGACCUGCUAACCGCGGCGGCCGCGACCGGCAAGGCGGUCAACGUGAAGAAGGGGCAGUUCAUGGCGCCGUGGGACAUGCAGCAUGUCGUGACGAAGCUCGCCGGUUCCGGCUGCGACAACAUUCUGUUGACCGAACGUGGCACGUUCUUCGGCUAUGGGCGGCUGGUCAACGACAUGCGGGCCCUGGUCCAGAUGCGUGAGCUCGGAGUGCCGGUUGUGUUCGACGCGACGCACAGCGUGCAGGAGCCGGGCGGCCUUGGCGGCGCCACAGGGGGCAACCGUGAAAUGGUCGAGCCGCUCGCCAAGGCGGCCGCCGCGAUGGGCGUCGAGGCCCUAUUCCUGGAAACUCACCCCGAUCCCGAUCAGUCGCCCAGCGACGGCGCCAACAUGGUCCCACUCUCAGAAAUCCCGCAGCUGCUCCGUCGCAUAGUCGCGAUUCGCUGCCGCAAACGCGUAGAGUCUCGGUAUUCCGCGGGCAACGGCGGGAUGGGCACCGCCAAAGAGGCGGCCGCCAUGCUUGAGUCAGACUUCGUCAAGCUCGACAAGCUGGCGGACAACGUCCCGCUCGAGCUCAGCCCCCCGACCGUGCUGUUGGACCCGCGGUUUAGCACCGAUGGCAAGGACGUGCUGGUCACCGUUUCGCAACCCGAGGCGACGCCCGGCGCGCCCUGGAAUACUCUUGAGAUCGUCAGCGGCAACGCCAACUUCCGCAACCUGGGCGUCCGCCCGAACGACAUCAUCAAGCUCUACCUGUUCCCCGACAGCGAGACCCGCGACCGCCAAAACGCCACCGGCGAGGUCGAUGCCCAGAUGGUCACCCACGAGGCCACCGACCUGAUCGUCGCGCAGGUGCUGUCCGACACUCGGCUGCAGGUGCUCGAAGGCGUCCGCCCGCCGCGCAACCUAACCGUGCGGAUUUCGGAGGACGACUACGCCGAGGUAACCGGCAUGGGAAUUCAGGGCCUGGACGCGCUCCGCGACCAGGGCAAGGUCGACGCGUUCGGCGUCAACCUGCCCGCCGACGAGAUCCCGCUCAGCGUGCUGCCGAACUUGGUGCCCACCAUGGCCUGGCCGCCGCGGAUCGAGAUCUGGCGGAAUCAAGACGUCCAGAUGCAGGCCAUCAGCCGCGCACUGGGCGCUUACGCCAAGAACGGCGAGCCGGCCAUCGGCUGGGAGCCGACGCCUGACGCCCAAGAGAUCGCGCGGCUAACCGAGAGCUUUAACCGCUGGCUGCGUUCCCGGCAAACGACUGAGGUAGUCGAGCCGCCACAACUGCUGCAAACGCUGCCCGAGCGACUCCGCACCAAGCAGCCGACCUCCGACUACCUCAGCCCCGCCGCCCUCAACCGCGACACCUUCGCCGAUCACGAGGGUCGACUGAUUCAGCAGGCGUCCUGGGCGCGGGACAUCGCCGCGUGGACCGCUGGCGACGCGUUCGACCCGCUGCCACGAGCCGAGCGGCUGUUCGAUUGGGUUGUCCGCAACGUGACGCUCUCGGACAGCCCCCGCCUGCGGAAUCACCGGCCCUGGCAGACGCUCGCCUACGGGCGGGGUGGGGCGGCGAAGCGGGCGUGGGUGUUUUCCAUGCUCUGCCGCCAGCAGCGGAUCCCCUCCUGCGUGAUCACCCUGCCAAUCGGCGCCGAAGGCGAGGCGUGGCUGUGGUGCGGCAUCGUGGACCACAACCAGCUCUACCUGUUUGACCCGCAGCUCGGCCUUCCACUCCCCGCCGCCAACGGAAAAGUCGCGACACUCGCCCAGGUGAAGGAGGACCCGUCGGUGCUCGAUGUGCUGAGCCAGCCUGAGCUCCCGUAUCCGGUGGACGCGGACAGUCUCGACAACGCGCAAGUCGCUGUGGUUGCCGAGCCGCUGUCGCUCAGCAGCCGCGCCGCGCAACUGCAAGAACAGCAGAGCGGCAGCACCGCCAUCGUGCUGCAUGUCGAGGCGGACGCCGCGGCCGAACUGCUCAAGCAGGUCCCCGGCAUCGAGGAAGUGGUGCUGUGGCCCCACCCGUUCGAGAACCUGCGGCGGGAGCUGCUGCUCGCCGAGGCAGAGAACACCGCGGGCGACACGGCCCGCAACGCCGCGGCCCUGGACGUGCGGCCCUUUGCCUGGGUCCCGCAGCUGUGGAAGGCCCGCAUGCUCCACUUCCGUGGCACGCUCGAGACCGAACGCGAAGCCAAGAAGAAGGGCGUGCUGCACGACCCGGUCAACGACCACCGCGCGGCCGCCCAGCUCUACCUCAGCCCGCGGGUCCGCCCGUCCGGAAAAACCCUCAAUCAGGUCGUGCAGAACGACGAACGCCUCCGGAUCUACCACCGCACCAAGGCCGACGCUACGCUGUGGCUGGGCCAGCUGAAGAACGAAGAGGGCGAGUACGCUCAGGCCCUGCAGUGGUUCGAGCGCGUCGACCUCGACGCGCCAGAGAACGCCCACCUGGCCGACGCGGUCCGCUACGGGUCCGCCCGGGCCCUGGAAGGCCUCGGCCGCCUCGAUGAGGCCGCGGAGCUGUACCGCUCCGACGACUCCCCUCAGAGGCUGGGUAACCUGAUCCGGGCCGACCGGUUGCUCAACGCCUCGAACCAGCAGUAG